GUGUCGACACUACAGUUCUUUAGCACCAUAUUGAGAGAGAGAGGGAGGGCAGGAAAGGAGGAGGAGGAAGUUCGUUUUUGUAAUAGACUAUACAGUAGGAGUUGUAGAGAGGGAAAGUGAGAGAGCAAGAAGGGGUAGACUAAACAAAUCAUCUGACACUGAGAGUGUCAAGGAAACUACGAGAAGAAAAAAAGGAGGGAUGGGGGAGAGUGAGUGAAUAGGGGAAGACUUGGAUAAAACUUCAGAAAACAGCAAGAGAAAGUUGACCAACAGUGGAAUAAGUAUUAGGCUAGAACAGCACCGCCAACAGCGGAAGAGUGAAAGACGUCGCCAAAAAUGUUGACGCUCCCUAGAGAACCCCCCGAGGACACCAGGAUGCAGAGUUUCUGGAUGCCAGGGAACUAUGAGCGAACCGCCCGUCGCACUGACCAGUCCUUCCAGGCAUGUAACGAUAUCAUGGCCUGUUUCCUUGAGAGGGCUAAAGUAGAGAAGCACUACGCCCAGCAACUCAGUGAGUGGAGCAGCAAGUGGAAGGCCGUAGUAGACUCCCGGCCCCUCUAUGGCUCCCUCAUGAGGGUGUGGCAGUGUUUCUUCUCUUCCGCUGAGCGUCUAUCCAUCCUCCAUUCCUCUAUCUCCCAGUCUCUCCAUACAGAGGAGGGGGAUAGAAUGAAGAGCUGGCAGAAGGAGACCUUCCCCAAAAAUAUAUUCUGUGGAUUCCGUGAGACCCACGAAAACGAGACAGGGUUUGCACGCGCUCAGAAACCUUGGGCCAAGAGGCUGGGAAAGCUGGAUAAAGCCUGCGGUGUGUACCAUAAGGCCUGCCAUAAGGAACAGGUAGCCAUAGACAGAGAGACGCAAGCCAAGCAGAACACAGAGCUGAGUCCUGAGAAACUGAAGAAGAUCCAAGACGCUCGGGAGAAGGCCAGUGAGGAGAAAGACAAAGUCUGCAAGAAAUAUGAGAAGGUGUUGGAGGAUCUUACGUCCUACACGCCUCACUACAUGGAGGAGAUGGAGGCCAUUUUUGAUCAAUCGCAGGAGGAGGAGAGGAAGAGGAUCAGCUUCCUCAAACAGGCCUUCAUGUCCAUCCACAGACACCUGGACAUCACCAACAAUGAGAGUGUGAAGACUGUGUACAGUGAGCUUCACCACACCCUCAUGUCCAUCAGUGAGACGGACGAUCUGAGGGGCUGGAAGAACAACCACGGCCCAGGCAUGCCCACUGACUGGCCAAAGAUUGAGGAAUGGGUCCCACCUGUGAAAAAGCCAAAGAAUAAAAAAAGAGACAAAGUCCAGAAGGAUAAACCAGUGAUGAUUGGAGGAGUGAAGGUGCGAGCUCUGUAUGACUACGUGGGAGAGGAAAGUGAUGAGCUGUCCUUUAAAGCAGGUGAGGUGUUCCUGAAAGUUGAGGAGGAGGAUGACCAGGGCUGGUGCAGGGGGAUGCUGGAUGGAGGAAAGGACGGCUUCUACCCAGCUAAUUACUCUGAGGCUGUUGUGCAGUGAUGAUGUCAUCCUGCCACGCCCACAUUCAAGUGUUAUGUCAGCAACAUAUUUUACAAAAUGUGCAUGUGUUCAUUGACAAAUCCACUUUGGUGCAAAAAAACUAUUUUGAAUUUGGAUUUGACUUUGAAAUCUUACCAAAAGAACCAUUACCAUGAAAUGUUAACGCUCACAAUGUUAUCAUAAAUAUCAUGCUGAAAUAUGCAAUGUAAAAUUUUACCAAUA